GUGUGAUAUCUGCUUUUAGUAUUCUGGAUAUGUUGUGCUAGUCCUAGUUUGCGAGUCAAACUAGGUAGUUAUUUUGGUUGCACGGGUUUUCCAUUACGUAUAUGUUUUGGACUUUCGUUUCGGAUUUUAUUAUGAAUUUCCGAUGAUUUUCCCGUAUGGAAUUCCGAGAUCAAUUUGGGGACUGGACAGCGACGGAACAUCUCCAUACGGUAAAUAGGUAUGAUUAAUUUUAUAAUUUUGGUAUCUAUAUUUAAUACUGGGGUAGUAUUGAUAUCCUUAUUGGUCAUAAGAGAUAUGUUUAGUAAUGAGGGAAUGUUUCUCUUAUUGUGGACCAAAAGAAUAGAAAACAAGACAAACGAAUUACUGAAUAUGAAGGGUAUUCUAAUGACAACUUGUAUGUCUCGAAGCUGAUUCUGCAUGAGGAAUGACCUAUGAUACAUAAUCUUACCUUACUUAACAUGAGACUGGUUUCAACACUCGAAUCUAUGUCAAAGAUCACACAAUAACAAUUUUGCAGUUACAUCAUGUCUCACCUUAUAUUCUGUAAGGAAAGGAUAAAACAAACAAAAACAAAUGUUCAUGUUUGAAGCUGAGAUAUAUAGAUAAUGACAUGUCAAAAUAGUGAGUUUGGAUCAAAUUCAGGAAUAUGUCAAGUGUCCCAAUGGAACAGGUUUAGUCUGUACAUGUAACCAUUGCCAAACAAUUAGUUACCAUCCUUAGAUAGUGUCAAUUCCAAGAAUGCUACAGUAUAAUUGCUGGCGAAGUUUGAGUAGUUAUAUUUAAAGUAACCUCAACAUUCUCAUUUAUCUAACUCUACUGUUAUUCUGUUAACGUUCAAUCAUCAAAAAUAAGUGAUCAAGGGUUAAGUUAAAGACAUCAAAGCAGUAGAAAAUAUCUGUCUUGAUUUACAUCAACUGUCAAGUUUGCAAUGAGAUACCAACUUUGUCAAAAGAGGCCAGAUAAUGAAUAUUACAGCAACAUUCAUAUUUGAACGCUCGCAGUCUGAAUUAGGUAGCUGUUGAAGUUUAAAAGUCAUAAGGUCACACAUUCAGAAAAAUCAGCUAUUUGGAAUUCCAACUAGGGAUGCAUAAGACUCAGAAAGAUCACUGGCAUCGGCUAACGGGAAGCGUGGCAUGCUGAUUGAACAAUUGGUAGUAAAUCUCUCUAUUGGCAGCCACUGUAAGGAUUUUGACACGAGACGAGUAUCUCGGAGUUGGAUUGGACAUUUCUUAUUGGAGGUGGUUGACAAGGUCCAUUUCCCUUAUGAUGACUUGCUUCUAGCUGACUAUUAUCGUGGGGUGGAGGUCCAGAGGCUUCUUUCCACUUCUCUCUUGCACAUCCUCAGGAUGAACUAUACAAACUUCAUUGACUUGUCCUGUGAUGAAGAAUCUGAGCAAACAUAUUUUGAAGAUGUUAAACCUAUUUUUCCUUUACAAAUUAGUUCUGGUAAAAGUGGAUGUUCCACAGUAAAUGAUCAGUCACUUCAUAGAGGUGUCUCUUUAAAGCAAGAACUUGAGGAAAGCAGAAGUUCUACUAGUGGUUCCAGCAUAACAGAUCAAGGGGGUCCUUCAGCUAAUAUGAUUUCUCUGAACUUUGCCUCACCAUCUUCUCCUGUUCCUCUAUGUCGACAAUUCUGGAAAUCUGGAGACUAUGAAGUUGGACAAGCUAUUUCUUCCACAUCUGAAAGUAAUCUUUUACCUAUUAUGGUUUGUGAUUUAAAAAUUGCUCUCCAAGGAUUCUUGUGAUGUUCUAAUAAUUGGUUUCUGGCUGGUAAUUGUUAACAGUGAUCUUGUUGCUAUUUCUUUUGAGUAACUUGCUUUUACAUGUAGUUGAGAUGUAGGUUUACACACACACUAAUAUAAUUUUCAAGUCCACAAUCUGUGGUACACUAUCAAUGCAACUAAACUCAUUUACUUUCAGAACACCCUCAAGCUGGAGUUCCAUAUCUGCCAUGCUAAGUUUGUCACUCUUAAGACAUAGUCAAGCUUCAUGGAGUGGCUUAGCCAAAAUGUGGACUUCUUUUUAGUAUGUUGAUAGAAAGUAAUACCUAUUAAUCAGUCUGAUAAAAUAAAAGAUACUUGUAACAAUAAUAGGCCAUGUGGAGCAUGACAUGAUUUUCAUAUGAUUGUAGUUUUAGGUUAAGGGUUAGCUUUAAGUCAUAUCUCUUUGAUAUUUGCAUUAGAUGAACUAUCUAAUUGUAUUUUAGAUAGAUACAUCCUUAAGCUAGUCUACCAUGCUAAGUUUGUCACUCAAAAAUAUAAAUUAAGCUUCAUAGAGGGGCUUGGCAAAACUAUAGAUUGUCGUAAGUAGAUUACUUGAAAGGAAUAUUUAGUAAUUAUAUCAAUGGGAUAAAGCUAUGUGAUAAUCUUAUUUAUUAGUGUUAGAGUUGCAUUGGGGUCUAAGUAACAUAUGAAUUUUCUCCAGUUAUACAUUAACAUUAAGGAUAGGCUCCAAGUCAUUUUCCUUUCACAUUAAAGUUAGAUGAACUAUCCAAUCAUGUUCAAGAUAAAGCUCUCAUUAGUUAUUUUAAGGCAUUAUUUUGUUAAUUGAUGAGAGUGUAAUUAGCUUAGUUUGAAAUUUAAUUUUUGUAGAGAAAACUUUAGCAUUAAAAGGUUUUAAGAUAUUAGGAAAAGCCUAGUUGAGAUUAAGUCUUAAUAGAAAAUUAUGAUACAAUGUAUCACAUGUUUUUGUUCUGCUGGAAGAUAUGGUGAUCUGUUAAAUCGGUGCUAGGUGACGUACAUUUAUCUUUUAUCUUGUAUUUGUGUUUGAUCUUAUUCUACUCUGUCUAGUCUAUAUCCAAUUGAUGUAAAAUAAUGAACAAACAAUUCUCACCCAUUGAGAAGUUAGUAAUCUCACGUAGAGAAAAGAAAUUAAAAAUUGUAUUUGUGGGAAAACAUGAUUUUGUAACCAUAUAUAGGUUGAAAAUAUUUCAAAAAUUAUGGGAUAGGAUAGCAUAACUAAUUUUCAUAAAAAUUUAUUUAGUUUUUUAAUGUCCAUGUAGAAAAGUUUGUCAAGAAUUUUAUUAGAAAUGCUAUUAUUUUAUAAAGAAUAAGUCAUAUUAUUUUAUGAAGUAUAAGUUGUGUUAUUAAUAUGUCAAAAGGGUUUAGCAUCCCAUGUAUCAAACAAAUUUUAAGUUAAUACAAUUUUCAAUUGUAAAAAUGGUAUCAAAGUUGAAAUUUGGUAAUUCAAUCUUAGUACUAGCUCAUCCACGAAUCAUUCACACUUUGAUAUAUGGUUUGGUUCCUUCUCUCCUUAUUCUUUCCUUACAAAUAAGUUAACUCUUUCCUUUUUCAUUCUUUCAUACUCUAUAUUUAUUCCUAAUCUGGGCCCUCUCUUUAUUUUCAUGCCCUUUUAAUUUUAUUUUCCUUUACCCUAGUCUUUCUACUCUAGUUUUGCUAAAAUGAUUCUAUUAUCAUUCCCUUGGCUUAUUUGUGCUCUUACUCUUUUUGUUAUCACCUCUUAACUCUAAAAUUAUAUAUAUAUAGAUAUAUAUAUCCUUUUUGAUUUGCAUGUAAAAAUUAAAAAAAUACAAAAAAGGGUCUCAAAUUUAAUCUCUAUUUUCAAUCGGAGAAAUGCUCCUAGCUAUAUAAACCUCUUCCUUACCAAUAAACACGUUAUCUUUUCUACCCAUCAAACUUAUUAAUCACAACUAUUUUCUUUAGGAAACACAGAUUCUCUCAUUGCUUCAAAUCCAUGAUGACUUCUUUUAAUUUUUUUAUUCUCUUUAUAUUUAUUAUCUUCUUUUUCUCCGUUUUCGAGUUUCCUAUUACUAGUGUUUAUCUUUAUAUUCUUUCUUUCCACCAUUUUCAUCUUUUAAAAUUUCUCUUCUUUUAUUCUUGCUUUGCGCAAUGGUAAAGUUCACGGGUUCGAAUCCUGGAAACAGCCUUUUGCAAAAAACAGGAUAAGGUUGCGUACAAUGGAUCCUUCAUGGGACUUGUAUGGCGGGAGCUUCGUGCACUGGGCUGUCUUUUUUUUAUUCUUGCUUUGUCCUUUUUCCUCUUCUAAUCUUUUUUUUUUUCAUUUCCUUGUGAUGCUUUCAAUCAAAACUCUAAUCCAACAAAUCUCAUAAUUCACAUUCUUUUCUCUUCCCCUUCUCUUUUUAUCAUCAUGAAUUGUUUCCUCCAUCACAUCCUCUACACUGAUUACCAUCUUCACCUUUCAUUGCUUUGUUCUACCACCAUCAUUAAUUUUCUAAUCCAAGAUUUUUACCUUUUGCUCAACCCUCAUUAUCUCUUUUUCCAAUCUUCAUACUUGGAUUUCUUUCACCUAGAUUUUCCCCUUUUGUUUGUCCUUCAUUGCUGUAUUUCUUUUAUCAGCUUUCAUAGAUGGAUUUUUCUCUUUUACUCUGCUUUCAUUGUCAAUUUUUUCUUUUAAGAAUUCCUUUAGCAGUCAUCUUAGUUCAAGUCCUCUUUUGCUUGUCCUUCAUUGUUAAUUUUUCUUUUUCUUUUUUUUUCUCUUUUGCUUGACCUUCAUUGCUGAUUUUUUGUUUUACCAGCCUUUAUAACUGGAUUCCUUUUACCUCCUUCAUAGAUGGAUUUUUUCCCUUUUGUCCGGCCUUCAUUGUCGAUUUUUUUUUCUUUUAUCACCCUUCAUAGUUGAAUUUCUUUUACUAGACUUCAGAGUUCAUAGCCUCAUAAUUGUAUUUUUCCUUUUUGCUUGACUUUCAUUUCUGAUUUUAUUUUAUUUUUAAUAUUUUACUAGCUUUUAUAGCUGGACUAGCUUGAUUAACUGGAUUUUCUAUUUUGCUCAGCCUUCAUUGUCGAUUUUUGUCUUUUACCACUCUUCAUAGCUGGAUUUUUCCCUUUUGCUCGACUUUUAUAGCUUGAUUUCAUUUGCUUUUUUAAUGGACUUUUUGUUGCUUGAUCUUUAUUGCUAUUUUUUUUUUCUUUUACCAACCUUCAUAGCUAAUUUUUCUUCGUUAUUGGGCCUUCAUUGUUGAUGUUUCCCUGUUACCUCCUUUUAUAGCUAGAAUUUUUUGAACCUUCACAACUCGGCAGUUGUGCUUAAUAACAUACUCAAUAAUUUUAAUUCAAUAUAUGAUUGUUCUAACUUGUCUACAUCGUUACUUUUUAAAUUUAUUUGAACUUUAAUUUUUUUUUUAUAUAUUUUAAAACUAGGUAAAAGUGUUUAGUCUGUUUGAAUAGAGUUUUUAUUGGGAGAAUUAGAGUUUUGAUCAAUAGAAUUAGAGUUUUGAUUGAGAUAAUUGGAGUUUUUAUUUAAAUAAAUUGAGUCUUUAUUUAUGAACAAAAAGUCUUGUAUUAAAGUUUUGAAUUAAAUUGUUGAAAAUUGUAUUAACUAAAACUUGUCAAAUACAUGGAAUCCUAAAUUGAUAAUACGACUUAUUUUUCAUAAGAUAAUAGAUUUUUCUAAUAAAAACCCAAAACAAGAGUUCUCUUGAAGGACUUAUUAAAAAAGUUAAAAGACAUUAAAAAAGCUACACAAGACUUUUGUGAAAACUAAUUACACUAGCAUAUCCUAGAAUUUAUGGAAUAUUUUAGUCUAUAUAUGGUUACAAAAUUAUCCUAUAAUCUAGUGAGCUACUUAAUCCUUUAGUAACAUAAGAGGUACAAAUUAACCCACUCUCUAGUCUCCUUGAUGAAGUGUCUUCAAUGUGUUUUAUUUGAUCAUAUUGACUCGAUUGUGAUUAUGCUAAUCGGAGAGUUAUUAUCACAAUAAAGUCUCAUUGGGUCAUCCCACUUGAGCUUCAAGUCUUAUGAUUUUUUACUAAAGUAGUUCAGACACCUGUCAUUACUUGGAAUUCUACCUCUGCAUUUGACAAUGCUUCCACAUGCUCUUUCUUGCUCCAUGUCUUUUAAAUAGAAUACCGUGUUCCUUUGAGGUAUUGUAUUACUCGGUGAGCAGCCAUUGAUACAUUUCCUUUCUAUUAUGACAUUUUUCUCUACCAUUCUAAGUCUAAGAUUUGGACCUAUUAGAGUACUUGCUGCCUUGCAUGUUGUCUUGUCUAGGAGAUCUAUAACUUAUUUUUGUUCAGAGAUAAAGAUGUCUUGCUUAGAGUGACUAACAUCAUUUCUUGUCACAAUUAUAUCAACAUAUACUAAGAGCGUUGCGACUCCACCUAAAGAAGAGUGUUCAAUAAAUAACGUGUAAUCCCUUUUGCUUUGUCUAUACCCCAUGACAAUCAUCUCUCUCACAAAUCAUGCUCAUGGUGAUUGCUUAAGUUUAUCUAAGGUUUUCAUACAGUCUGAGCUUCCAAAUUUUUUUUCAUAUCUUGAUGGGUGAAAUUUUUAGAAUGGAGAGGGGAUGGAGAUGUUUUACAUAGGAUAGAAAUUGGAUUGUUGAAAUGAAGGAUAGCGUUAGGUGUUUUCUUUUUGUGAUCGUAAGAUACCGCUAAAGUUUAAAGAGAAGUCUUACAUUACAAAACGGUAGAUAGACUUUCUAUAUUAUAUGAAGUUGAAUGUUAGAAUAUGGAUCGAAUACAAGAUGAAAGUUAUAGAGAUAAAGAUGUUAAAGUGUAUAUGAAAGUUGGGGUUGCAUCUACUAGGGGAAAACUCUAAGAGACACGUAUGAAUAUUUACUUAGGCGAUCGGUAAAUGCCUUGUCUAGUCUCACAUUUUCAAUGACAUUAAGAUACUGACUGACAAUGAAAGUAAUGACAAGUCGAGAAAGAAAUACCCUUAUCCUCUGGUAUGAAAUUCUCUCUCUGAAGAUAACGUGUAUUAAAGUAAGACAUUUGUUCAUUGAAAGUAAUGUCCUCCAAGACAUAUAACUUCUUUAAUGAAGGAUGAUAACACUUGUUCCAUUUUUGAGUUGAGGAAUAACUUAAAUAUCCAAGUGACAAUAUUACAUAGUGUGCAUGAUUGGAACGUUAAGAGUGUUUCCAUUGG